GGCGGGGCCUCCGGUGGCGGGAAGAGGAGGCGCUGAAAUGGAGGAGCUUGGAAGCGGCAGUGGCGCGACCGAUCGCCGGACCCAGGACCCUGCUGCUGCCCCCAGCAAGGCCUCCAGCAGCGCCGGCCACUAUGAGCUGCCGUGGGUUGAAAAAUAUAGACCUAUAAAGCUAAAUGAAGUUGUUGGGAAUGAAGACACUGUGAGCAGGCUGGAGGUCUUUGCAAGAGAAGGGAAUGUGCCCAAUAUCAUCAUCGCUGGCCCCCCAGGAAGUGGCAAAACUACAAGCAUCUUGUGUUUGGCACGAGCCUUGCUGGGCCCAGCACUGAAGGAUGCUGUCCUAGAACUCAAUGCUUCAAAUGACAGGGGCAUUGAUGUUGUGAGGAAUAAAAUCAAAAUGUUUGCUCAACAAAAAGUCACGCUUCCCAAAGGUCGACACAAGAUCAUCAUCCUGGAUGAAGCAGACAGCAUGACUGAUGGAGCCCAGCAAGCCUUGAGGAGAACCAUGGAGAUCUACUCUAAAACGACUCGCUUUGCUCUUGCUUGUAAUGCUUCCGAUAAGAUCAUAGAGCCCAUCCAGUCCCGGUGUGCCGUCCUCCGCUACACCAAGCUGACUGAUGCCCAGAUACUGGCACGGCUGCUGAAUGUGAUCGAAAAGGAGAAGGUGCCGUACACUGAUGAUGGCCUGGAAGCCAUCAUCUUCACAGCCCAGGGAGACAUGCGGCAGGCAUUGAACAACUUGCAGUCCACUUUCUCAGGAUUUGGCUUCAUCAACAGUGAGAAUGUAUUCAAGGUCUGUGACGAGCCCCACCCUCUGCUCGUAAAGGAGAUGAUCCAGCACUGCGUGGAUGCCAACAUUGAUGAGGCCUACAAGAUUCUUGCUCACCUGUGGCACCUGGGCUAUUCACCAGAAGAUGUUAUUGGCAAUAUUUUUCGAGUGUGUAAAACUUUCCAAAUGGCAGAAUACUUGAAACUGGAGUUUAUUAAGGAAAUUGGAUACACUCAUAUGAAAGUAGCAGAAGGAGUGAACUCCCUUCUGCAGAUGGCAGGGCUCCUGGCCAGGCUGUGUCAGAAGACAAUGGCGCCCGUGGCCAGUUAGAGCAGAGACUUCACUGACUGUUACAAGAAACCUCCUCCCUGAAAUACAGGAGUCACAGCCCUGUGAUCGGGUGAGGAAAAUGCCACCUCAACCGGGGCCAGUACUCUCCAUGCUUUUACAUUGUUUCUACCAGGUUUCUACUCCACAACUGUUUGCAUUCAACCUCAGACUUGUCCAGGUGGUGAAGGGGCAGAAAGGCACCACAGAAGCUUAGGGGCGGGGUAGCUGAUCUGUGUGUUUGUGGGUUGACAUUUUAGAUAAUAAAGUCUUGCAGCAUUUGUGGGCAAUAAGGUGACCACAUGAGGCCUCCAGGAAAACCAGGUUGUUUUUUUUUUAAAGACAGAGUCUGACUUUGCCGCUCUGUGUAGAGUGCCAUAGCAUCAGCCUAGCUCAUAGCAACCUCAAAUUCCUGGGAUCAGGUAAUCCUCCUGCUCAGCCUCCUCAUUAGCUGGGACUAUAGGCACCUGCCACAAUGGACGGCUAAUUUUUCUAUUUUUAGUAGAGCCAGGGUCUCUUUCUUGCACAGCCUGGUCUCAAAUGUCUGAGCUCAAGGGAUCCUCCUGGCUCAGCUUCCUAGAGUGCUAGGAUUACCAGCAUGAGCCACUGUGCCUAGCUGAGAACUAGCUUCUUAUCUCUGCCUAUCCCCCUCCCUGCCAUGUUCUUUAAGUAGAAACAACUAUUGGAUGGUAGGCUAGGCAAGAUAAUCUCAAUUUUUCUAGAAGCCUGAGAGACUGGUUCUGUGGAGUGAGGGCAGAGUUUGCUAUCAUUUCCUGAUAAUUUAGAUAGAUUUCUCAGAACCGUAGGGGUGAUGACCCUUUAAAAGGGCUUGCCAAGCUACUUCAUGGAGUCAAGGUGUAACUCAUGGCCUCAGGAAAAUACUACCAUGUCACCUUUCCCAUGUAGUUGUGUGUACUUAUUGCUUGAGAAUUUUCCAGUGAGUUUUAUAUUAACUUGUAGAAU